GAACAUGCAGCAGACAGAACCGGCCCAACGGCGAGCUAUCCCGAGCAUCUCAAAGACUCGUGAGGAGGAGAUCCGAAAGAUCCUGAGAGCCAACCUGCAGAAGACCCGGCAGAGGCUGCGCUCCUACAGCAGACACGACCUGUUCGACCCGUUUGAGGACAACCUGAGCGAGGUCCGGUUCAGGAGGCAGCGGGUGGAGAUGGAGCGGAGGAUGAGUCACUACCUGACGGUUCCCGCCAAGCGGCAGGAGACGCCGUCUGUGAGGAAAGUCUGGUUCGAACCCGAGCACAAAGUUUUCACGUACGACGACAACAGCGAGAGCACCGGGGGCGGAGCCACUCGUCAGAAGCCCCGCCCUCCCGACGCCGUUGACCUCGUGGAUGAGUCGUCGCGGGGAACCAAUCAGAGCGCGGCGGAGGGCGACGAGUCGGAGAAGCUGAAGCCGUCUCGCUGCCUGAGCGACCCCGGGCCCAUCACUGAGGAGGAGCAGGGUGACGAGGCCUUCCUGUCGUGACGAAGCACACCCAUCUUUACAAACACACAAACAAACAAACAAACAAACAAACAAACAAACAAACAAAGCUUGUUUAUUUAUUAUCACAAACUGAUGAAGGUCGUUUGCUUCAUCAAAGCACAAAAAAGAAGUGAAGCACAGGAGGCCGAGCCGACUGACAAACAAACAUAUCGGACCAAAUGUGUGCCGGACCGGCAGGACCAGAGCUCAGGGACAGAACCAGAAUCAGAACCAGAAGCAGGACUCAUCAUCUGCAGCUUUAACCAAACCUGCUUCUGUUAACGAACCAGCCUGUUGAUUCCACUGAAAGAGAAACUGUGGAACGAAGGAAGCUUUAACUAAAUGUAAUAAAGUUUGUUUUUUCUGCUGAA